GCACAAAUAGAGGAGAUAAUGGGAAGCGAGUAGAAAGAGUGCGAUUAGGGAAGAAGGAAGCGAAGCGCAGAGAGAGAGAGAGAUGGAUAGAAAUAGAGAAGCUCGAAGAGUAACCAUGGCGGCCGCCGGGAAUGGUUUGUCUCGACGGAGGUAUAGAGCCGGAAGUUUCCGGGACUCUCCAGAGGAUGAUGGUCCGGUGGAGUUUCCGGAGGUGGCGAGGCUGAGAGAUAGGGGACCGAGUGGGAAGAAGGAUCGAGAUCGAGAUCGAGAGCGUGACAGAGAUAGGGAGAGGGAGAGGGAGAGAGAGAGAGACCGGUUUAAUAGUCGGAGCAAGAGGAAAAGAGGAGACCGGUUGAUGACGAUGUACGGGAACAUGGACGACGGCGGCGAUGAGAGCUCCGAGGAGAGCAUCAACGACGACGAGGAAUACGACGACGGGGGAGGAGGCGGAGGACCACCGUCUUUGGUGAAGAUGCUCCCGCCGGCGAGUAAUUUCAGUACGACCUCGUUGUCGAACCACCACAGCGGUGGUGGUAAUCCCCACCAGAGGAAGAGCUUUCCUCCGGCGAAAGUUUUCAGAUCGUCUCCUUCUCCGGCGUCGACGCCGUCUGCGGCUGUGGCGAUAUCUCCGAUUGUGCCGUCGUGGAAGGCCGCCGACGAGAUGAUCGGCGUUUCGGUUCCGAGAAAAGCCCGGUCAGCAUCUACGAAGAGACCGCACGAGUCGUGGGCAUCGAGCGGUGGCGUUUUCGCCGGUGGAGAGCAAAUUCACCGCCAAGUCUCGACGUCUCCGGCGAGGGUCAGUCCUGCUUCGAUGCUAGCUUCACCUUCUCCACCAGCUCCUCCGUCGCCAUCUUCCUCCAGCGUUUCCGCCCGGAAGAAGAUUUCUUCGGCGCCGAAACAGAAGCCACUGCCUCCCAAGUCGUCGUCGUCGUGCAAGCCGUCUUCUCCUAUGGCGGCUCAGGACGAGAUCGAGAUCGAGAUCGCGGAAGUGUUGUACGGCAUGAUGAGGCAGCCGAUGGAACCGUCGAAGCAAGAAACCGCCGUGAAUGAAUCCCGAGAUGCCGAAAAUGUCAAUCCCGGUGCCAAAUCAACGGGAGACCUCAAAUCUCCGAUCUCCAACUCACCUUACAUUCUUCCUCAGUCCUCUGUCACUCUCGCCACAAAUUCUAGCUCGUCUAAUGGGUCGGCCACCGCUCCCAAGAGGAAGAGGCCGAGACCCGUCAAAUACGAAGACGAGAACAAUUCCGUUUUACCAUCUGGUAUGAGUUCCAUCUCCUCCACCGUAAAGGCGGAAGCCGAUGCUCCUUCGAAGAUUUCAGGAUCCACCGAAGAAAACAGCUCCGUAUUGGAGUCGACGAGUCCGGCAGGCAUAUCAGCUCCUCCGCCACUGAAGGCGGAUCGAGGAAGCAAGCCGUCUCUAGAAUCGAGAUCUAUGGUAAAAAAAGAUAGCAGCUUGACCAAAGAUGAAUCUGUAUCAACGAAGAUGGAAGGUUCCUCUGGGGUUAGAUCCGAUGGCGACGGCGUUGUCACCAUAGCCGCUAAAGCGAUUUUGCCAUCCCCGGAAAAGGAGAAGUUAAAGAUAGAUCUGAUGGCGCCACCGCCGGCGAGAUCGUCACCGGAGAGAGAUGGAGAGAAGAAAUGUGUGGUGAUAGAGGUUAAACCUAAAGCCACGGAUGUGGAAACGGAAAAUGCUAAGCCUCUACCAAAGGAAAACGACUCCAACGCUGAGAAAUCGGGAUGCAAGGAAGAUUCUUCGAUCCGGGAGCCUGAUGGGAAGAAACCCAGAAAGCUGGAAUCUGAAUUCCAGAAAUCAGAGAUGAACACAGAACUCAAGCUUGAUCUGGAAACCCCCGGAGCGAAGACUGUCUCCACUACUGGUUUGGGCUUGAACAAGUUAAAUCACCACCAUGUCCAGAAGCAGACACAGCAGCAAAUGCCCUGUGCCGAGAAAGCUGCUCAGGCGAGUCAUUUGCCUCUUCACAUGUCAAUGGCUGGUUGGCCUGGAGGCCUUCCUACAAUGGGAUGCAUGGCACCUACACAGGGAGUUGUACCAAUGGAUUCAAGCUCUUUACCUUCUGCAACAAUGCAGCCUCCCCAUUUGUUUUUUAAUCAACCGAGGCCGAAGAAAUGUGCGACUCACUGUUAUAUCGCCCGGAACAUUCAUUACCAUCAACAGUUCAUGAAAAUGAAUCCGUUCUGGCCAGCGGCAGGCUCAGCAUCGCUGUAUGGUGCAAAGGCCUGCAAUCCGAAUCCUGUUCCAUCCACUGAACUGCAAGGAAAUGUUUUGGGUAGGACUGCCAAUUCGGCAUCAGAUAAGAGCUCUCAGUCUAUUAAUACUACCUCGGAAACGAGCCAGAGGACUCAGAUAUUGCUUCAGCAAGCUUUGCCUCCAGGAGCACCUAGUAACAUCUUGCAUGGCCCAGCAUUUAUUUUUCCAUUGGGCCAGCAACCGCAUGCUGCUUCUGCAAUAGCCGCUGCUUCUGUCAGGCCGCCGGUUAUGAGCGGCAACACAGCUUCCUCUGCCGCUUCCGCUUCUUCUUCCUCUGUGAAUGGCUCUGCCCCGGCCCCCCAAUCUGGAGCCACAACAAUGAGCUUCAGCUACCCGAACAUGCCGGGCAAUGAGACUCAGUACCUGGCUAUCCUGCCGAACAACGGUUACCCAUUUCCAGUCCCGGCCCACAUUGGCGCACCACCGCCUGCUUACAGAGGAGUGUCUGGGCAGCCGAUACCGUUCUUUAGCGGUCCAUUCUAUUCCUCUCAAAUGAUCCAUCCUCCUCCUCAUCUUCAGCCACAGCAGCAACAAUCUGGUCAGGGACAACAGGGCCAAGCUUCUAGCAACAACCAGAUCACAUCCCUUGCCUGUGGUUCCUCUGCAGCACAAAAGCAAUUCCAGAACCAACAGCAGAGGCCUCCGAUGAAUCCCGGGAACCCACAAGGUUUUCCAACUUCGAAGGUUCAAUCUUCUCAGCCUUUAAGCUUUCAGCAGAGACAGCAGCAGCCGCCAAGAGAAAACACGACUCAGCAGAGUGGAACCGCCAUGGACGAUAGCCCGUCAACUGCUGAUAGCCGGCUCACUCGCUCCAAUGUUGCAUAUGGCCAGAAGAACUUUGCUAUGCCGAUGCAACAACCAACGAACUUGGGUUUGAUGAAUUCAGCAGCCUCGGGUGGUGCAGUGGCCGCCAGUGAGAAGAAACCGCAACGGCAGGGGUCCAAGGCGUCCGAUGUGGAAUCCCUUCAGUCUCAGGCCUAUGCUAUGGCGUUUGCAACAUUCAACGGGGCUAAUCCUCCCGGUCUUAAUAUGCCUGCCAUUGCUCAGAAUCAUGCUAUCUUCCAUAGCCUCCCAGAGGCGGCGGCGGCAGCAAGGCAAGGCUAUCACCAGGUGAUGGCAGCUGCUCAACCGAAAAUGAACUAUAAUCCACCUGAAGAUGGAAAAUCUCGUCGUAAUGCCACUGCUAAUGCCAUGGAAGAACGGAAGACUGGAGGAACAGGAAAAACAACUCAGUCUAUUGCUUUCUCUAGUAAGCCAGAUUUAGCCGAUGAGUCUGGUUCCGAGGUAACGGGUAGUGGUGCCAUUGAUAGCUCUGCUGGGCUACUCAAUCUUGGGCCUGCUCCUCCCCGGACUUGCACCUCUAUGCAGAACUCUCACCACCAGCAGCAGCAGCAAUACACCAUUUAUCUCCAGAAGCAACAACAGUAUGCCACUGCUGCAGCUGCAGGUUCUGCGGCAAAAAGCAAAGGAUCGGUGACAAGUAAUGGAAGUGUUUUCCCAGAUCACCGUGUCGGAGGCAAGUUUCUUAAUGCUAAUUCCGGGUUUCCUCAAAAUCAUUCUCAGUGGAAGAACAGUUCCUCCAGGACGAACCCGACCCAGGUACUGCCAUCAUCUGCUGCUCCGUCUCUAAAAUCCGUUGCUCCGAAACAGCAAGGUCGGCCUCAGCAAGGGCAGAUAUCAUUUGCGGGAAACUCUAAAUCUCUGAUGUCUGGUCCACCAAUACAGCAGUCUCAGUCCCCUCCGAUGCUAGUCGGGUCUCCCUCUACCUCUUCCGUGUCCAAAAACGUGGGGAGCCCGAGAACAACUACAUCGGCAUCAUCGCAGCCAUCUAAGAACCCUCAAACAGCAUCGGUUCAUAACUCAUCAGCAUCAUCUGCAUCAGCAGCGAGCGGUGGGAGGAACGGGAAUGGGAAUGGCCCAUCUGUACUCGGUAACCCUAAUGUAACUCCCCCGGCCACGUCGGGGGCUGGGUCCAAGCCCCAAGUUCCUCCACACCAGCAGCAGCAGGGUCAGCUUUUCUUCUCUAACCAUUAUAUCCAACCACCUCAACAGCAGUCUGUGAGUGGAUAUUACCUCCAGAGACAUCAGCAGCAGCUACAUGGCUCGUCACCCGCCGCAACAGCUCAUUCCCAGACCCCCCCAGUUGCCGUCUCCAGCACGACCAUUACCCCAGCCACAUCUGACCCUGCUAAGGCCAUAGCUGUGGCCGCUGCAGCUGCCAUGGCCGCUAAUAACAUGAAAGGCGGGAACCUGGCAGUCACCAACUCAUCGGGUCCGUAUGGUUCUGCUGCUCAGCUGCCACCACCCGGGAAGACGCAUCAUCAGCUCGUUGUUCCGCCCGGGUUCCCUUAUGUUCAUGCUGUACCCUCUGCGGUUCCGGUGAAACCUGCAGACCAGAAGCAACAAGCCGGUGAGUGAAAUAGACCAAAUCCCUAAACCCCCCUUGUUAAUUUAAGCUCAUCGAGAGACAGAGGGCGUGAGCGUUGAAGAGGCAGAACAGAAGGCUUUGGAAACUAGGACAGAGCCUUCGGAUGUUUGCUGUUGUUACAAGGCAAGCAUCAGUCGGCAAGAAAAGCUGGGAGGAACACUCCCCAGAAAGACCCACGAGAGGACAGAAGACAAUCUUUCUUUUUGUCUUGGUUUUUCAAGAACUCUGUACAAGUUAUAGUAUUCUAACAGAAACGAAUGGUAAAAGCUUUUUUUUUAAAUUUUAAUAAUAUUAUUAUUAUUAAA